UCUCUCCUUGCUUUCCUGCUCCUGCUCGAGGGUGGCAUGUUCUCUCCGUCCUCACAGCCGGCCAGGCUGUUAGAGAAGAUCUUCCAGUACAUCGAUCUCCAUCAGGAUGAAUUUGUCCAGACACUGAAGGAGUGGGUGGCCGUUGAGAGCGACUCCAUCCAGCCCAUGCCCCGCCUCCGACAAGAGCUCUUCCGGAUGAUGGCCCUGGCUGCAGACGAGCUCCGGCGCCUGGGAGCUAGCGUGGACUCUGUGGACGUGGGCUCUCAGCAGCUGCCUGAUGGUCAGACUCUCCCGAUACCUCCCAUCAUCCUGGCCGAACUGGGGAAUGAUCCGAAGAAACCCACCGUGUGCUUCUACGGCCACUUGGACGUGCAGCCUGCUAGACAGGAAGACGGGUGGCUCACGGACCCUUACACGCUGACGGAGGUGAACGGAAAACUUUACGGACGAGGAGCAACAGACAACAAAGGCCCUGUUUUAGCGUGGAUUAAUGCUGUGAGCACAUUCGGAGCCCUGGAGGAAGAUCUCCCCGUGAAUAUCAAAUUCGUCAUUGAAGGGAUGGAAGAAUCUGGUUCUCUUGCCCUGGAGGAACUUAUUAGAAGAGAAAAGGACUGGUUCUUUUCCAGUGUGGACUACAUGGUCAUUUCAGAUAACCUGUGGAUCAGCCAGAGGAAGCCAGCGCUCACUUACGGGACGCGAGGGAACUGCUACUUCAUGGUGGAGGUGAAAUGCAGAGAUCAAGAUUUUCAUUCAGGAACCUUUGGUGGUAUCCUUAAUGAACCAAUGGCUGAUUUGGUUGCUCUUCUCGGUAGCCUUGUAGACUCAUCAGGUCAUAUUCUGAUCCCUGGAAUCUAUGACCACGUGGCUCCUCUUACAGAAGAGGAAAAAGAAAUGUAUGAAGCCAUUGAUCUGGACCUAGAAGAAUACCAGAAUACCAGCCAGGUUAAGAAAUUUCUGUUUGACACCAAGGAGGAAAUUCUAAUGCACCUAUGGAGGUACCCAUCUCUCUCUAUUCACGGGAUUGAGGGUGCGUUUGAUGAGCCUGGAGCUAAAACAGUCAUACCUGGCCGAGUUAUAGGAAAGUUUUCAAUCCGUCUAGUCCCUCACAUGAAUACGUCUGUGGUGGAAAAGCAGGUAACAGACCAUCUUGAAUACAUAUUUUCCAAAAGAAAUAGUUCCAACCAGAUGGCUGUUUCUAUGGCACUAGGACUACACCCAUGGAUCGCAAAUAUUAAAGAUGAUCAGUAUCUUGCAGCAAAAAGAGCCAUCAAAACAGUAUUUGGGACAGAGCCAGAUAUGAUCCGGGAUGGAUCAACCAUACCAAUUGCCAAUAUAUUCCAGGAUGUUAUCCAAAAGAGUGUGAUGAUGCUCCCGCUGGGUGCUGUUGAUGAUGGAGAACACGCACAGAAUGAGAAAAUCAACAGGUGGAACUACAUAGAGGGAUCCAAAUUAUUUGCUGCCUUUUUCCUAGAGAUGGCUAAGCUGCAUUAA